AAUAGCAGCAGCUAACAGAGACGAUACAUUCUCCCUCUCCUUCACACAUAUACACACACACGCAUACUUGUUUCUCUACUAUAUUCCGGCACCGGAUUGCAUCAGGUAGACCGACGCGAGGACGCGUCGCUGAAAGCUACAGCUUCAGAAGGAGAUUUGGGGAGCCACUACACUCCACACCCCGGCAGAAACACACACAUACGCACAGCACGACACAAAAGGGGCAACAGAAGCGCCAUGAAAAGCAUUUUGAUUACGGGCUGCAAUCGGGGUCUCGGAUUGGGGCUGAUCCGGUCGCUGCUCCGGCAACAGCAACAACAGCCGGAGAAAAUCAUCGCGACGUACCGGGUGCCGGAAAAGUCCGAGGAACUGUUGGCGCUAGCCAAGCAGCACCCGCAAAUCAUCCCACUGCAGGCCGACCUGCGGGACUUUGCGCGGUACGAUCAGCUAGUCCAGCAGGUGGAAUCGAUCGUGCAGGGAGCCGGGCUGAACGUGCUGUUCAAUAAUGCGGGCAUUUCACCGAAAUCGACGCGGCUCAACUUUACCAAGUCGGACGAUCUAGUGGAUACGUUCGUGACGAACACGGUAGCACCCAUCAUGCUGACGAAGGUGCUCGUUCCGCUGCUAAAGAGGGCCGCCGAUAGGCAACCGGAUGCACCGGUCGGCCCCGGCCGGGCCUGCAUCGUCAACAUGAGCUCGAUCCUUGGCUCAAUCCAGGCGAACCGAGAGGGUGGCCUAUAUGGAUAUCGCACGUCCAAGGCGGCAUUGAACGCGGCCACCAAGUCGAUGAGCAUUGAUCUACAGGGUAACGGCAUCAUGGCUGUGGCGCUGCACCCGGGCUGGGUGAAAACCGACAUGGGCGGUUCGAAGGCGCCCCUGGCCGUCGAAGAGAGUUGUGAUGCGAUGGUGCAAACGUUGCUAUUAUUGAACCAAUCGCACAACGGCCAGUUCCUGCAGUACGACGGCACGGCACUGCCCUGGUGAGUUGGCAACGCGCUGGCUACCAGGGAUUACUUCAUUUAUACCGUUUCUAUGUACGUUCAUAAGUUCAAGAAGAUGAAAUGAAAUGGUAGACAUUAAUACCGGUGUUUAGUUUUGUG